AAGUAGCGUACUAGCAUGGCGCUCGGUGCGGUCGGAGUUCCGUUGUCUCGCCUGUGUCCUUUUCAUGUUAGCUUUUACUUGAGUAUCUGACGAAAGUGUAUUUAUACUACAAGCUGUACACCUCAAAAGAAAACCUCUCUCUUGAAGGACGGCAGUGUUCGUGUGGUGAAGACUCCAGAUAAGUGGCUGGUUUAUUCCAGGUAGCUUGCUAACUAGCAGGAAAGCAAAAUUUGGGAGAUACGAGGCAACAAGAGGAGGAGUCCUGUUUUGGAAGAGCUGAUGCAGAUGCCAUGGCCACAGCCGAGGUAUGGGAGUGACGUGACAGUGCUGGUCCUGCAUCUGAACAAAAACCUCAUCAGCAUCAUGUAUUUCUGCUGAAGUAGUGGCAGAGCACACAGAGAAUGGACGAGUCAGUGUUGUUGGAUUUGCUUGAGUGCCCUGUUUGUCUGGAGCGGCUUGAUGCCUCUGCAAAGGUUCUUCCCUGUCAGCACACCUUCUGCCGCCGAUGUCUCCAAGGCAUCCUAGGCUCACGCGGAGAGCUGCGUUGUCCAGAGUGCCGGACGUUGGUGGAGUGUGCCGUGGACGAACUCCCCAGCAACAUCCUUCUUGUGAGGCUGUUGGAUGGCAUCAAGCAGCGGCCCCGAAGGGCUGGUCCUGGGGCAGGAGUCUGCACAAAUGGGACGUCUGGAGCCGUGGCCAGAGCGCACAGCAGUGGAACCCGGGACCAGGGCACCCCAGGAGCACAACCCCAACGAGCUCAGGCUAAGAGCACCCUUGUACGGGGUGUACCCCAGCUCCCUUGUGCCAAGGCGCUCUACAACUAUGAUGGCAAGGAACCAGGAGACCUCAAGUUCAGCAAGGGAGACAUUAUCAUCCUGCGCCGGCAAGUGGAUGAGAAUUGGUACCACGGGGAGAUGGGUGGAGUCCACGGCUUCUUCCCCACCAACUUUGUCCAGGUCAUCAAGCCGCUGCCACAACCACCACCUCAGUGCAAAGCUCUCUAUGACUUUGAGCUCAAAGACAAGGAGGCAGAUAAGGACUGUCUGCCGUUCUCCAAGGACGAUAUCCUGACUGUGAUCCGCAGAGUGGAUGAAAACUGGGCAGAGGGAAUGCUGGGAGAUAAAAUUGGAAUUUUUCCCAUCUCAUAUGUCGAGUUCAACUCAGCAGCUCGUCAGCUUAUAGAGUUGGACAAGCCGUCAGACUCCAGUGGAGACUCUGGUGAGGGGGCCUCCUCGGGGCCCCAGAGCAAUGGUGCCCAGCGUGCAGGGGAGAAGAAGAACAGCAAGAAGCGACAUUCCUUUACCUCUCUCACCAUGUCCCACAAACCCAUGCUAGCUCCUCCCCCCCAGCGCCACUCCAUGGAGAUCAGUGGGCCCGUCCUCAUCAGCUCUAGCAACCCCACAGCAGCUGCCAGAAUCGGGGAGAUCAGUGGGGGGCUCUCCUGCAGCGCACCUUCACAGGUACACAUUUGCACAACUGGACUAAUCGUGACCCCACCCCCUAGUAGUCCUGUUACUACAGCAACGGUCUUCACAUUUCCCUCGGAGACAAGCUACACAUCCAUCACUGUGGAUGCUCUCCCACCGCCCCCACCUCCUCCCCCACAGUCCUCCGUGGAUGGAGCAGCAUAUUCAUUGGCUGCGGGACAGAGACCCUCCCCCAGCAUAAGCGACCAAAGUGGGAGACAAAGACCCACAGUCUAUGUGGCGAUGUUCCCCUAUACUCCCCGUAAGGAGGAUGAGCUGGAACUGAGAAAGGGAGAGAUGUUUCUGGUGCUGGAACGCUGUCAGGAUGGCUGGUUCAAGGGCACCUCCAUGCACACUGGCAAGAUUGGAGUUUUUCCUGGGAACUACAUGAGCCCAGUCAGCAGGACGGCAUCAGGGAGCACGCAGCCCAAAGUGCCCAUGAGUCUGUGCACUCAGGCUGGCAGAGGGGUCACCAUCGUCAGCCCCUCUUCUGCAUCCCUUGGGGCCAUUGUUCCAGGUCCAGAUUUCAACAAACCCCUGACUGUGUGCUCCAGCGUGGUGCCUGCCAACUCCCAACCUGCAGUUGUGGUAACAGCAGCUCAGACAGCCACAGGUCAACAGCCGAAAGUCCCUCUGCAUGUCAGCUCCCAGAUGACUGUGAAUCAGGCUCGUAAUGCAGUCAGGACAGCUGCAUGUCACAGUCAGGACCGCCCCACAGCAGCUGUGACACCCAUCCAGUCUGCAACACCUGUGACUUAUAUCCCACACCUUACAGUGUGUCCCCAGCCUUCCUCCAAUCCUGCCCAAUGCUGUACCCGGGCUGGCGUGGCAAUGGGCUGUGCCGCCGCGUCUCUGACACCACCCAAUGUCAGCGCUGCAUCCUUGGAGGGUGAUGCUUUGAGACCCGUAGCUGUCCUCACUGUCCCCGGCUCUGGGAACAGCUCUGCUCUCAAUUCCACGUCUAACAGCACAGCUCUCGCUUGCCGACUGGACAAGGACGUCAAGAGAGAAAAGAAAAGUCUUCUGAAGCUGUUGUCCAAUAAGAAGAAGUCUCGUCCUUCACCGCCCUCAUCUCCUACCCUUGAGGCGGAACAAGCUGCUGCUGGAGAGGUGCUACAUGGCGCUGUGGGACCUGACACCUCCCCUCCCUCCGGCUCCGUCAGCUGCCUCGAGCCUGAACCUGCUGCUGCUGCUGCUGCUGUCGCUUCUGCCUUUCCAUCCUCUGCAGUCCCUGAGUCGUCACAUCGGAAGAGCAGUCCCCUUGAUGGAUGUGCACCUAUUGCUCCUCCUCCUCGCCAGCCAUGCUCCUCUCUCUUAUCUCAACAACACGACGCACGGCCCAUCAUAUGUGAGAGGUACAGAGUGGUGGUAUCAUAUCCUCCCCAGAGCGAGGCUGAGCUGGAACUUAAGGAGGGCGACAUUGUGUUUGUUCACAGGAAGAGGGAAGACGGCUGGUUCAAAGGCACACUGCAGAGGAACGGCAGGACCGGACUGUUCCCUGGCAGCUUUGUAGACAGCAUCUAAUACACACUGCAGUAAACCCUGGUCACCACCACCAUGACCCAGUUGAGCGCUGCUAGCCUCGCUACAGUGUGUCUCCGUGCAAAACAAAACGGAUCGGCACUUGUGAGGUUACCGGGACCGUACCAUCAUUUUGACACUUUAACUCCUUAGAGCCCGUAGUGGCUGUGGCCACUGAAAAACAACGCUAGUGGCACAUAAGAGAGAGCUGCAGAGAAGAACCGAAUAUGUUGUCAUUGAAAGCACAGUGGACAGAGUUAGAGGAGAGCACACUACUCAUGAACUUUUCCUUUUUGUUGAUUAUUUAUAUCUUUGUAACAAUUCAGCUGUUAAAUGUGUGCCUUGUACUGUUCCUCACUUUAUUGUACAUAAGGACACAAAGAUGAUUAGUCCUAAAACAACCAGUAUGAGCUGUUGAUAUAGAUAUGUUACACAUUUUAACUUAUUUCAUAGAUUGGCCUUUUUGUAGUGCAACACAUUAAGGGGUUAAGCUGGCACAUGCCUUAUGCCAUAUUUUACAACAUCAGAUAUGCUUUUUCCCCCUCUGACUGCUGUUUUACCAUCAUUUCAAACUGUCAGCAGAUAGGAGCAGGUAUAUCAGAUGCAGCAGACCAGAACAAAUCAGCAGUGUCAUCAUCGCUUGUGCUGUAUCUUAGGAAAAAGGAUACUUCCCCAGCUCUAAAGGCUUUACCUGAACCAGAGGAUCAUAAGAGAGACCUGCUGUAUUGCACAUUCGAGCUACAAUUCACAGCCAUGUGAACAUUGCACAUAGCAAAAUAUUUCCGUGGGCCGUUCAGUUUUUUCCCCUGAAGGCUGAAGUGCUGAGGACUGCUACCUGCAGCGAUCAAAUAUUUGCAUGUGAUUAGCAGAGCCUCCUACAGGAGACACAGUGGUGUUAGAUGGGUUGCAGGACUGUUUGGUUAUGCCUUUUUAAUAUAUGGAAAAACACACUCCAAGAUAGACUUUGCAGUCAAAUAUUGCUUACUUUGUACCUUCUUUGUAUUUACUGACCACAGUAGCUUCUCUCCCAGACGUAGCUCUACAUCACAAGAGCGACAUAACAUUACAGUGACGGUGCACAGCAGAUUCUUUUCAGUGUAUAUUUAUGUUUGUCACAAAUUCCACAGAGGCUGACAUGUGCUGCUCUUAAAGGGUCUGUUGUCUAACUAACCUGGACAUGCAGUAAAGCUCACAGACAGGACACACUCACUCUUCAGCAGGCUCUCUGUUUUUGUACACUAUAAGAGCAUGUUUAUACCUGGUAUUAACACGUCUAGGGUGAUGCGAUCACAAGUGAACAGCUCCGACUCUCUGUUCACACCUGGCAUUAGAAUGCGUCUCAGCAUGCGUCUCGACCACCUGUGAUCAGAUCUCACUUUCCCGCUCUAUAUGCAAAUAAACAUGGACCAAAUGUGUUGUUGUUUGUAACCGGCGGGAGAUUUGUCUUGGUGUUGGCACACUUACAGCCUUUACUAUGUAAAAUCAAAUGAAGCCAACGAGGUAGUGCCAAAAACUGCAGUUCUUUGAAUGGCCACUUGAGGCUGGCUCCAGAAGUGAGUCGUAGACCCCCAUGUUCAAAUGCCUAACUUGACAGCAGAUAUAAACAUGUUUACAGCCUGGUAUGAAAAUGGUUUUGGUCUCUGUAGCUAAUAUCCCUGUUCAUGACAACUGAUCAGGGAUUAAGGCUCAAAGUUGCACAUUAUUAAGGGUGGACCACUUUGAGUGACAGGCUGUCUGCCGAUUGUGUCCUCAGCUUCUCAGUCAGACACACCUGUCACCAAUCACAGCGCCAGCCUCUCGCCCAAAUCUGGUCACUUCUGGCUCAAAAAAACAAAAUGGCGGUGGCCGGAAUACCAAACUCAAGGCUUCAAAGUGAGAGUCCACAAACCAGUGGAUGACGAAAUGGUAGCUACGUCCAUUAUUUUUACAGUCUGCGGUAAAAUCUUAAUUGUAGGGCUGCACACAGUUUAUUGAUUCACAGACCACUCUCUGUCUCUCUCUGUUAUCAUGAGACAAGCAGCACUAGGAGACUAUUGCUGUUCUGGGGAAAGUUGAGAGUUGUUAAUGGUAAUUAAUGUUUGACAAAAGAUUCAAGCCGUUUCGGUGUCAGUGUGAGUCUGUUGGGACUGUUAAACUGCUGCUGCUGCUGUGUUAGCUCGUGCUAACCGUGCAGAUGUUGAACUCACCAUUCGCUUGGAGGAGAGUGGAUCCCGAGAUGGUCCUUCAGCGCUGUGUCCGUGUAACUGCACUAACAAAGUUUUCUUAUGCGCUUCAGAUAAGCAAGGAUGUCAGCUUUGGCGCCCCUUUAGUGUGGCCCAGGAUGCAUUAACGUUCACACUGCUAAAAGAAUGCGGCCCACGCCACCAACAAAUGUGGUCUGAGCAGUCAAAUCUCAAGACGCAUUGAGGAUGCAUUUGGUGCAUUUCACACCUGUACUCAGAGCUGUGCACUUGUGAUCCGAUCACCCAGGACACAUGUUAAUACCAGGUGUAAACAGUGCUUAACUCAUUCCUAAUGUGACUUGUGGCAAUAAAAACACAGCUAGCUAAAGCACAGAAUGUUUGCCUAAAGUAACAUAUCAUUGUGUCACUCCACAGGAAGAGAUGUGUAGUGUAAUUCUGUUUAUUUUCAAAAGUUAAGGUUUUAUUGAAAUCAAUCACUUUGACCCCCUUGAUUUAUUUUUUUGAUUUUGUGGUUGGGUUUUGUUAUAUAUUACGUCUAUACAAAGUUUUAAAUGUUAAAUAUUGUAUUGACUUGAAUUACUGUAAGAUUUAUAUGUGAUUGGAGGGGAUAUGGUCGUAGUUUCGGUACUUGUUAUAAACAUACGUUAAUGGGCAGUUUUAGAAUUGAUACUUUGGGGAAAUAAGACCACCAGAUCAAAUAUCCCAACGUGUAUUCUUUAAAAAACAUUGGAUAAAUUCUUCAAAGUAAAGAUAUGCCUCCUGCCUCAGUUGACCCCGCAACAUUUAAUGUAAUGUGACUUAUUCAUCUGAUCUUCAGCAAGUCUUAUGGGGUAUUUAAACACUUAAAAGUUGAGGCAAUCACUGAAUUGUGCCAAAUUUGGCUUUGAGAAUGGAUUUACUGACUGAAUUGGACCCAUAGUUUCAAGUUUGUUUUUUGUUUUUUAGUGUUUUGUUGUUAAUUGAGGGGACCACUGUGUAACUGACUGCUGGAAUAUGUUGUAGCUUGUUUGAAAUUUGGAGAGUGUGUGGAAAAGGAUGGUACAAAUCACUGUUAGGGCCUUUUUUUGUUGUCUUUCUGAAUUGGUACUUAUGUAGAAUUAAUCUGAUGUCGCAUUGUUGUCUUGGCAAUCACCACACCAACCUCAGGCUCUAUGCUAAACUGCUCCUCUUGAGUGUCUUUUCAUUUCACUGGUAAGCCUUUAAUAUAUACGUCAGACUUACUCCAACACAGAUGUACACAUUUAUGCACUAUCAUAACUUAUCUAAUCGUACUGACUUCUCAUCCGUAUUGUUCAUGCAUAGGCUGCACAGUUCUCAAAACAUGAAGCAUUUCUUAUAACAGUUAAUAAAGUAUAUUUUUCAUUUAGUGGAAAACACGGCAACUUAAGUUUGCUUGAUUCAACUUAACAGAUUUUCCUCAUGCCAAGGUGACUUACUUGAUUUUUUUUUUUUUGUCUGUAGUUAGUUUGUUGUAUGUCUGAAAAUGGUGAAACUGAAAUCAACCUAUUUGGCACAAAUCUAUUAUGUGAAAAUAAACAUUUUGAAGUAUUUGAGGGAAUAGCACAUUUUGUAAAAGUCUCUAUAACAAUAAAAGCUAAUGGUUUCCAUAAUUUCCUCUGGCUAAGUC